AUGGCUGCAGUGAUUAACAGCAGAACAGCUAAAAGGAAGAAAGAGCAAGAUGAUGAUGACAAUGUCUCUUUGUCACAUAACAAGAAACCACGUGUCGUCUGGACUCCUCAUCUUCAUGCAAAGUUUCUCGAUGCUGUUCAAUUACUUGGCUUGCAUGAUUGUUCCUUGUUUGCGGCUGUUCCGAGAAAAAUAGUUGCUUUGAUGAAUGUUGAAGGAAUUACCAAGCAACAUGUCGCAAGCCAUCUCCAGAAAUACAGACUCAGUCAGAAAAAGGCUAUCGACAGAGUUCCUUCAAAGAUGAUUGUUGAGCCUACUCAAUCUCAAACCUACUUUAACAUUCAUCCACAGUCCUACAACUUUCCUGUAAACCAAACCUCACCUUUACUCCUCCCUAACAUUAAGCAUGUAGUCCAUCAAUCUCACACAGAAAUUUACUCCAACAUGAGUGGAGUUGGAGUUGCUCCUUCAACCCCAAUUCAAUCUCAAAAUAUCAACAUCCAUCCACCACCAUCCACCUAUCCUAUCUAUCAUCAUACCUCUACUUUAUUUCCAUCUCUCCACUUGGAUUUCCAACCCCUGCUAAGCCUGUAG